AUGCCAGAACACUGUUCAGCAUAUUCCUGCUCCAAUCGACGGACCGUCGAAAACAGUGCUCGGGGGAUUACUUUUCACAAGUUUCCCAAAGACAAUGUUUUGAGGAAGAAGUGGGAAGUGUCUUUGAGGAGGGAAGGAUUCACUGCAAGUGAUUCCUCCGUGCUCUGCUGUGAGCAUUUUAAGCAGAGCGAUUUUGAUAGGACAGGUCAGAUUGUCCGACUCAGACAUGUAGUUAUUCCAUCCAUCUUCAGCUUCCCGGUUCACCUCCAAAGACCGGAAAGGGAAAGGACUACGUCUACCUCCAGAAGAGCUGAAGAGAGCCUGUCCGUGGCCUCUCAGGACGCCCCAGAACCUGCAGCCUCACACCCACAACCUCAGCCUAAUGAUUACACUUCCUAUGAGCAGAGUCUGCAACCAAGGACACAGCAGGUCCUGUAUGAAGAAACACAGGCAGAGGCAGGCACAUCAACUUCCAGCUCCAGAUAG